AUGACCGAAGUCCUCUUCUCUGCUGCUUUGAAUGGAACUGAACCCAACCUGUUAUCCAGCAGUGGCUGGUCUGCGGGAAACGCCACCACCAAGUGUUCCCUGACCAAAACUGGCUUCCAGUUCUAUUACCUGCCCACCGUCUACAUUCUGGUCUUCAUCACUGGGUUUUUGGGCAACAGCGUGGCCAUCUGGAUGUUUGUCUUCCACAUGAGGCCCUGGAGCGGCAUCUCAGUUUAUAUGUUCAACUUGGCGCUGGCCGAUUUCUUGUACGUCCUGACCCUGCCUGCCCUUAUCUUUUACUACUUCAAUAAAACAGACUGGAUCUUCGGAGAUAUCAUGUGCAAGCUGCAGAGGUUCAUCUUCCACGUGAACCUGUACGGCAGUAUUUUGUUUUUAACUUGCAUAAGCGUGCACAGGUACACGGGAGUGGUGCACCCCUUGAAGUCGCUGGGGAGGCUGAAGAAGAAGAACGCGGUGUACAUCAGCACCCUGGUCUGGGUCGUUGUGGUGGCCGUGAUUUCUCCAAUACUCUUCUACUCGGGAACGGGGAUACGGAGGAAUAAAACUACGACGUGCUACGACACCACGGCCGAUGAUUACCUGAGAAGUUACUUCAUUUACAGCAUGUGCACCACCGUGCUUAUGUUCUGCAUCCCGUUCAUUCUGAUUCUUGGUUGCUAUGGGCUCAUUGUGAAAGCUUUGAUUUACAAAGAUUUGGACAAUUCUCCUCUCAGGAGAAAGUCGAUUUACCUGGUUAUUAUUGUGUUGACCGUCUUUGCUGUGUCUUACCUUCCCUUCCACGUGAUGAAGACCUUAAACCUAAGAGCCAGGGUGGAUUUUCAGACUCCGCAAAUGUGUGCCUUCAACGAUAAGGUUUAUGCCACUUACCAAGUGACGAGGGGUCUGGCCAGCCUCAACAGCUGCGUAGACCCUAUUCUUUACUUUCUGGCAGGCGAUACCUUUCGAAGGCGCCUUUCCAGGGCAACCAGGAAGUCGUCCAGAAGAAGCGAACACAACGUGCAGUCCAAAAGCGAGGAAAUGACUCUCAAUAUUCUAUCCGAGUAUAAACAGAACGGAGAUACCAGUUUGUGAACAAAUGCAAAAGAUUUGGGAACAGUUUGAAAAAAAAAUCCUCCGCUUUGAGACAGUAGGAUGCUGUAGUGCUACAAGUGUGUGAGGAAAAUCUACCAGUCUCUCAAAUUCCUUUUAGGUAAAGCCUCGUUUUCUGAUCUUAGGAAAAGCUUAACAAAGUCAGUGGAAGAAUUUCAAUGGAAAUAACGUGUCAAAAUUCAGCUUUCCUUCUCCUUACAAUAUUCUUAUUUCUUUCUGACUUGUGUCAGAUAAAGUAAAAUGAAGUAAAUCCCCUAAAGGAAGAAAGCAAUCCAAGUGCUUCUGUUUUAAUGACUUAGUCUCCCGCGUUUAAAAAUGUUCCCAAUCAGCCUCUCAUUCAAAAUAGGAAAUAAAAAUAAGAGCGAGCAGUAUCUUCUCUUCUGGGGCUCAGGCCACGUACCUAGCCUGUCGCUCACUUGCCGUUGUAAACAAGCAUUUAAAUCAAAGUCAUGAUGCAGUUAUCUCACCUUUACAGUUUUGUUAUUUCUUCAUCUACUUCUGGUGUUGAUAAUUAUUUGAUAGUUCGGUAGUGUUUAUGAUUCAGUCUUCUUUGAGUGCCGGUGUUUUACCAAAAGUAGGCUUACUGAUGUGUGCAUGGUGGUGCUUUCAGAUUGCGAUG